UUUGGGAGCUUACCUCACCUAAUAGCUCUCCUCUCCCCCCUCCCUUUUCCCUUUAGGGCUUGCUUUUUUUUUAAUGGCGUUUUAAUUAGUCCUCUCUCUCUCUCUCUCUCUCUCUCUCUCUCUCUCUCUCUCUCUCUCUCUCUCUCUAUUCUUCUGUACUCUCUUUCCUAUAAUAAGACCUGCCUACCAAAAGAGAUCUCUCCUUCCACAAGCACAUCACACAGCCUGCAACCAUGACAGAUCCAUACACAAAUUUCUUCAAAGGUUACUUCAAUCACUUCCCCUUCUCCUCCAAUUCUCCUCCUCCGCCUCCUCCUUAUCCUCAUCCCUUCUUACCUCCAAACUCCAGCCUCCAUCACAAUCACUGCACUUAUACUAACUGUAAUAAUGACCCACCUCCCUCUCCUCCCUUAAGAGAGCCCCUUCCUCUUCUCCGACAGAGCCCAGCUUCUUCCACUCUCCAUCAUAAAGAAGAACUUCUUAAUGAGGAAGAUGAAGAGGAAGUGACAGUGGCUCUUCACAUAGGACUUCCCAGUCCAAACGCAGCAGAUCUAAUCUCAAAAGUCUCCUGCACCCAACAAGGAGGAGAAGAGACCGAAGUUGUUGAAGAAGAAGCAGAGGUUCCAUUAGCCUACACUGAGAAUUCUAUAGGGAAGCUCAACAAAGGCCAGUACUGGAUUCCCACUCCUUCUCAGAUCCUUAUUGGGCCUACACAGUUCUCCUGUCCCGUGUGCCUCAAGACCUUCAAUAGAUACAAUAACAUGCAGAUGCACAUGUGGGGACAUGGCUCGCAAUACAGAAAAGGACCAGAAUCUCUUCGUGGAAUCCAACCGACGGCCAUGCUAAGGCUACCAUGCUACUGCUGCGCUCCAGGUUGCAGGAACAACAUAGACCAUCCUCGGUCCAAGCCUCUCAAGGACUUCAGAACCCUGCAAACACAUUACAAGAGAAAGCAUGGCAUCAAGCCAUUCACUUGCAGAAGGUGUAAUAAAGCUUUUGCAGUGAGAGGAGAUUGGAGGACACAUGAAAAAAACUGCGGCAAGAUUUGGUAUUGUGUUUGUGGGUCAGAUUUUAAGCACAAGAGAUCUCUCAAGGAUCACGUUAAGGCAUUUGGUCAUGGCCAUGCUGCUUAUGGGGUAGACUUCUUGGACGAAGAUGAUGAGCCUUCUUCAGAGAUUGAGCAAGAUGGAGGCAGUAAUGGCGUGCAGAGUUGUGAAGGGAGGUGAGUGAGCAAAUUGGAGUGGUUUUGUUUAUUGGUGAUUUAGAUAAGUUAAUUAAUCUUAUGGAACAUGGUUUCAUCUAGCUUGGCUAAUAGUUUUAUAAAUGGUUUCGAACAAGUUUUUGCUGCUUGGUUACGAGAAGAGUGCUUUGUUUUGAUCAAGCUAGCAUCCAAACAACUUUGAAUGAAACCUGAC